UAAACAGUCCCAUUUUGGUCAUGCCGCAGAACGAAACAUUUUUUCGCGCUGUCUCGAAAGUGCUUUUCAUAUCACAAAUUUAUGGCUUGCUGCCUGUGAGCAAUAUAUGUUCUCAUGAUGUCAAGGAUAUCAAAUAUCGUUGGUUUAGUCCACGCGUAUUUUAUUCAGCUACCAUUUUGAUACUCAAUCUAUGCGAAUUUGGGAUUGUUUUAUAUUAUGUGAUUAGUGUGGGCGUUAACUUUCACACAUCCAGCACGCUGGCAUUUUAUGUUGUUUGCUUGCUGGAGCACAUAUUCUUCUGGAGAUUGGCGUUCAACUGGCAGAGCAUCAUGAAGCACUGGCAUGAUGUGGAACAGCUUUUCCUUACCAUACCCUAUCGCUUCUAUGAUGAGUACAAGAUGAAACGUCGCAUUCACAUUGUUGUCGGUUUGGUUAUGUCAUCUGCCUUGGUCGAGCACUGUCUGCUGUUGGCCAACUCUUUUCACUCGAGCAAUCUGGAGCGCACACAGUGUAAAAUCAAUAUGAGCUACCUGGAAGGCGUCUACAAAUGGGAACGUCCUUAUCUUUAUCCCAUAAUACCAUAUCACAUCUGUAUAAUGCCUGUGCUUGAGUGGAUUAAUGAGACAAUUGCCUAUCCGCGCUCCUUCACCGAUUGCUUUAUUAUGUGCAUUGGCAUUGGUUUGGCGGCCCGUUUUCAUCAACUGCAUCGACGCAUUGCAGCCGUCCAUAGAAAGGUGAUGCCUGCUUUAUUUUGGACCGAGGUGCGUCAUCAUUAUUUGGCUCUGAAGCGGCUUGUUCGUCUACUGGAUAAUGCUCUGGCACCCCUUAUACUUCUGGGCUUUGGCAAUAAUAUGUCCUUUAUAUGCUUUCAGCUGUUCAAUAGCUUCAAAAACAUAGGCUUCGAUUUCAUUGUAAUGCUGGCCUUCUGGUACUCAUUGAUAUUUGCUGUGGUCCGCACAACUUUGACUAUAUUUGUUGCAUCUUCAAUAAAUGAUUACGAGCUAAAGAUUAUAACAUCGCUGCGAGAUGUGCCCGCCAGGGCUUGGAGCACAGAGCUAGAGCGCUUCAGCGAGCAGCUCGGCAAUGAGAUGACUGCAUUAUCUGGCAAUGGCUUUUUCUAUGUGACACGUCAACUUGUGCUGUCUAUGGGCACCACAAUAAUCACCUACGAGCUGAUGAUAUCCGAUGUUAUCAAUCAGGCAACCAUCAGGCAAAGAACUGUCUACUGCUAAAAUUAUCAUACUACGAAUCGGUGUCCUGCUCAAGGAAACUGUCACCUCGACAGCUAGAUUUAAUUAGAUAUUCUUUGAAGUACUCUCAAUUUGUUUCAAAUGUCAUUUCGCACGCUUAACUAUUCAGAUCUU